AUGAACGGGUGUCCGAUUCCCGAUGGUGUUGAUCCUCGUCUGGUCAGGCAGAGAAAAGAAUCGAAGUUGAAUAGGUCAGACAGUUACCGACCAAGUCCUCUCACCAUCACUACCAUUGGCGACCUAACACGCUUCUCUCCUGACAAGCUGCGAGAGCUCUCUUCCACUGGCAUUGAUUUUAGGGUUUUUGAUUCGGCGACGCUGCUUUCCUUUUCAGAAACAGAUAUUAAAACGCAUUUGCAUAACUGUACCCCUUGUAAUGCAACUCCGGCUACUAUAAUGCUCAUAACCGGUCCCGGCAAACUCGAAGGCUUAGCUGAAACAAUUUACCAUCUAUAUGAUCGUAAAGAUUACAGAACUAUUCUGGUGUAUCCUCAACGAGAUGAAGCUGCUCCAGACUGGCUCUGGGAAAGCUUUCUGCGUCGUGUUUCUAGACAGUGGCUCUGGAAAAGCUUACUCGAAGAUGAAAUUGAUUCGGGGAAUUCGGAUGACGAAAAGGAGAGGACAAACCUUGUUCUUCAAGAUAAUAAUUGCAGUGAAAUGGGUGAAUCUCGCUGGUCUUGCUCACUAUGCCCUAGUGUUGCUCUCCAAAGCGUUGAAGAUCUCGCCGAGCAUCUCAAGAGUCAUGUAAACAACAAUAAGAGGAAGGAAGAUGAAGAAGUUGACCCGGAAUGA